AUGGUUCGGACGCUGAUUGGUCGAUGGAAUCUGCUUAUGUCGUGGGCGGACACUUUGGCACGAGAGCCGUCCUCAACCAGCAUCUUCGGUGCUCGACGACGAGCACUCCACAUCUCACCUGCUACACGUCCACCCAUGAUACGAGCUUCCCCACAUGCGUCGCCGCGGCGGCUCGGGACCACGUCUCGAAAUUCACCAUCACUAAACCCCGUCCAGCCGCCACCGUCGUCCACUCCCGAGGAGGAUGCAUCCAAGGAUAUCUUGUCCAUGCUGUCUUUGCUGAAGUUAUCCGCGCCGGUAGCGGUUCAAGACUCGGUCAACAAAUCGACUAGCAACAACGACAACUCGUCGCCGUCCCACGAUGACAACCAGAUAUCCGACGACGAGAUUGACAUACGGCCCUUGAAUGCGACGGAAUUGUCGUUGUGGAACUCGCUCAAAUCGUCCGCCACACCUGUGGCAUCGGCGACGUCCCCCGUCCAGACACCCACUCGGCCUACUCCAUCGACGCCCGUGUCCAAGGCUCUUCUCAAGAAGAACAAAACUACCAACGACCCCAACGACAAGCGGGACUUUCUGUUUGGUGGGCUCGCGCCCGAACUCCGCGUCCAGCUUCAACUGGACGACGUCGCCCAGUACAGUGUGACAGACAUGAAAACCGCGGCGCGCAUCUCGCACUUCCUCAUGACGCUUCCAGGGCUCAGUCCCGACAGCGUCGUCACCGACGCGACCGCGUGCGUCGGCGGCAACACAGCGUCCUUCUGCACCUUCUUCCGGUACGUUCAGGCCGUCGAGAUCGACGCCACGCGGUUCCAGAUGCUCGUGCACAACCUCCACGCCGUCAUGUCAUACGUCAACGCCCAGUGCUUUUGCGCCAACUACGUGGACGUGGUCGAGUGCUUUGGUCAGGACGUGGUGUUUGUGGACCCGCCGUGGGGAGGCCCCGAGUACCGGUCGCGGUCGACGGUGGACCUCUUCCUCGGCGAUACCCCCCUCGCGGACGUAUGCGAGCGCCUCGUCGGACGGACGCAGUACGUUGUGAUCAAAGUGCCAGAGAACUUUGACCUAGACAAGCUGACGCGCCAUGUGUCGGGCACGGUUGGGUACGUGGCGUCGUUUCGAAAGAUGGGGCUGGUUGUCGUCGACUAUCGGUUUGUGUCCCCUGUCCACUCUGAUGACCAAGACUUGCUGGCAUCGAAAUUUUACAGCUAAUAUUAACAACAAUUCCAAUCAUAUGUGGGAAUCGU